GGGUGGGGGGCGGGAUUAGGAACAAGUUGUUUUUUGGUAAAGGAACAAUCCUACAACUCACUGGCACGCGCUAGCUGACUCUGGGUCCAAACAGCGGUGCCUGCCCACUGUGUUGUUGUGAAGACGGAAGUGAUAGGAGGACUUUCCUCUGGCAAAUAAUUCCUUCCUUUUUGGUACCAGUUAAAGGAAUACACCGUCGCCUGCCCAGACAUGACUACUGCGUACAGAAACAGAAUACAGGAAUUCAAAGUAGCCUUGAGUGAAGAAAACAUAAACUUGAAGACACUGAGGGAGCUGUGCUUCAAUGGAAUCCCAUUUGAAGGAGGCAUACGAGCGCUUUGCUGGAAAAUCCUUCUUAAUUAUCUGCCCCUUGACCAGACAUUAUGGGAGUCUUUCCUCAAAAAGCAGAGGGAGGUGUACUCCCAGUUCCUAAAAGAAAUGAUCAUCCAGCCUGGUAUUGCCAAAGCCAACUUGGGCCUUUUCAGAGAAGAUGUGACUAUGGAGGAUCAUCCUCUAAAUCCAAACCCAGACAGCAGGUGGAAUAACUAUUUCAAAGAUAAUGAAAUUCUACUACAAAUUGACAAGGAUGUAAGGCGGUUGUACCCAGACAUGGCAUUCUUCCAGCGUCCUACAGAUUACCCUUGCCAGCUUAUCUUGGACCCUCAGAAUGAUUAUGAGACGUUGCGUCGACGAGUCGAACAAACCACCCUGAAAGCGCAAACUGUCAACCGCAACCGCAGUGGAGUCACCAAUGUCAGCUCCCCUGGAAAGGCAUUUAACUUGUAUCCAUCUAACGAAUAUGAAGUGCUGCCCAAUGGGAGUGAAGCACACUGGGAAGUGGUGGAGCGAAUCCUCUUCAUCUAUGCCAAACUCAACCCUGGGAUUGCCUACGUACAGGGCAUGAAUGAGAUCGUUGGGCCAAUUUACUACACCUUUGCCACGGACCCCAACAGCCAGUGGAAAGAGCACGCUGAAGCGGAUACAUUCUUCUGUUUCACCAACCUGAUGUCGGAGAACAGAGACAACUUCAUCAAGAGCCUGGAUGACUCUCAGUGCGGCAUCACAUACAAGAUGGAGAGUGUGUACUCCAUGCUCAAAGACAAAGACCUAGAGCUCUAUUUAAAGCUGGAAGAGCAGAACAUCAAACCGCAGUAUUUCACAUUCCGCUGGCUGACCUUGUUGUUAUCUCAGGAGUUCCUCCUGCCAGACGUCAUCCGCAUCUGGGACACCCUGUUUUCUGACCAGGACAGAUUCCACUUCCUCAUCCUGGUCUGCUGCGCCAUGCUCAUACUCAUCCGAGAUAACUUACUGGCAGGAGACUUCACAGUCAACAUGAGAUCACUGCAGGAUUAUCCUAUCUCAGAUGUCCACACCAUCCUGAUCAAGGCCAAAGAUCUGCAGGACAACUCCUAACCUGUUAAUUUUUUUUCCCUCCUGCCUUUUCUGCUCCGAUGUGGUAGGUGAGAGUUUAAACAUUACAAAACAUUGUCACGUCAAACAUGUACCGUGGAAGGACUUGAUCGAUGAAGAGCUUGGACAGAAAACCCCAGCAUACUGCUUUGUACUCGAUGUCUGAUGAUUGCUCAGUGGGGGACUGCCGUGAAACCUUUGGAGGACAUGCUGAAACUAUUCCUUUCUUGAAGCAAAGAGAAGAUGCCACUUGCUUUUUGAUGCAUUAUGGGAAAAAGCUACCUUGGUACGUGGUCCUCCUCCUCUCACAGCCAUCUCUCCCAUGGAGACUUGUUGUGUUCAGAUAAUGAUGAUUGCACUGAACAUCUGAGGGAGAGGGAGCCACAUAAGUCCUACACUACAGAUCUUAGUUUAUCAUGAAAACAUAGCAGAAAUGUUUAACAACAGAGCCAAGGAUUCAGAUGGAGCAAAUGUUUAAUUGGGUUGAGCAAAAGCGCAUGUUUGUUCUUGAAAGGAACACGCCGACUUAUUGGCAGUUUAGCUUAUUCACCGUAACCCCCAGAGUAAGAGUAAGUCGAUACAUACCCUUCUCGUGUCCGUGCGUGUUGUAACCCUGUUUGACAGCUCCACCGAUAGCUUAGCCUAGCACAGAACCUGCAGGUAACUGGUUCCAACUAGCCUACUGCUCCGAAUAAGUGACAAAAUAAC